AACAGGGGAUCUCUUAAGUAGACAGUGUAUGAAAACGCCGUUAGUGUGUUGCAAGUAUAGCCUCCACCAGGCCUUCUUACAGGGGCAAGGAUCAUAGAAUUGGAGACAAAAAGGGAAAUAUUACUAUAAUUCGCCGGGAGAGCAGUGCGACCGCGGAAGGGUGGCUUACUCUGACUCACUUGGUGGAAUAUUCUCCAUCUUUUUUGCUAAAUUUGACUGAUUUUGAGCCCGCGUUGUUGUUGUAAUGUUAGUCUGCUGGAGAGACUACUGCGUGUUGCACGUUGGGUGUGUAUUUAGCCCUACUCUAACCCGUGCCGCCCCACGCUGAUACGGAGUGGUCGUGAUUAACCCAACCCCCGCCUCCCGGGGCCCAUGAUUGUGGCGUGAUUGGCACGGCCGGGUAUUGAUAUUUCUAUUAGUUCAUAAUUAGUUGAUGGUAAUUAGGCCGUCAGACGAGAGCUAAUUAUUCGAGCUGGGCGCAGCCCGCAGGUUAAGGCGCUAAUCAGGAGGACUCAUCAGUGCGGAGUAUAAUAAGGCAGAGUGCGGACACACACACACACACACACGAGAGAGAGAGAGGCGCACAACUUUCACUGUUGUUGGAUAGACAGACGGACCAUGACGGGAAAGACUACCGUAGAGACCCAGCCCCGCGUCUCGGGACCGCAGGCCACCCAGCCCCGCAGAACGCCCGCCGCCGGCACGGUGAUGAGGAGCCCGUUCGCCAUCCAGGAGCUGCUGGGCCUCGGGAAGGGGGACGAGCCGUCGGACAGGGGGAAACCGCCGCGCACGCCCGUCCCCGCCACCGUCCACGUGUCCCUGCCCCAGCCGGCGUUCGUCUUCACGCGAUCGCCCUUCCUCCCUCCCAUCCACGCGCCGGUUUCCCUGGCACACAAGCUGGAUCAGCAGCUACUGGAGGCGCAGAUACAAGGAGAAGACCCACACAGGAGUCCAGACCUCAGCAAAGAUGUGGACAGAGACAGGGACGACAAGAAGAAGAGAAAGAAGAGGAGACACAGAACCAUCUUCACGUCGUACCAGCUGGAGGAGCUGGAGAAGGCGUUUAACGAGGCACACUACCCUGACGUUUACGCCCGGGAGAUGCUAGCCAUGAAGACAGAUCUACCGGAGGACAGAAUACAGGUCUGGUUCCAAAACCGGCGCGCGAAGUGGCGGAAGAAGGAGAAGACUUGGGGUCGCAGCAGCGUGAUGGCGGAGUACGGACUGUACGGGGCGAUGGUCCGACACUCGCUGCCGCUCCCUGAGUCCAUCCUGAGGUCCGCCAAGGACGGGAUCAUGGAGUCCUGUGCGCCCUGGCUGCUUGACAUGACCGCAGGAAUGCACAAGAACCCACCAUAUUGUGUUGGAACAAAGCUUAAAAUUCUACAACUAUUGCCUCGACAAAACACACUACACGAGCUCUUCAUUCGAAUCACAACAUUCGACGUUAUGUCCAUGUAUUCACGUGGCUCUUUCCCACUUUCCACUUCUGACAUGACCGCAGGAAUGCACAAGAAGUCCGUGGAGAUACAGCAAAUCAGCGUUAUGUCCAUGUAUUCACGUGGCUCUUUCCCACUUUCCACUUCUGACAUGACCGCAGGAAUGCACAAGAAGUCCGUGGAGAUACAGCAAGCGCUCACCACGGGAGGCGCGCAGAAGCCCGACUCCGCGGAGGAGAUGGAGGAGGCCCACGAGGAGGUGCAGGAGAAGGAGAGGCCGCCGUCAGUACACGAAGAAGCUACGUCCAAGGAGGAGAUGAGAUCGAACAGCAUCGCCACCUUGCGGGCCAAGGCACAAGAGCACCAUGCAAAGGUUCUUGAAGAAGCGGAGAGAGACCGCGGUACGGGGGACGGCUGCAGUUCCAGACCGGUCAGCUGUAGGCAGGAGGCGUCACCGCACACACCCGAACAACACUCACCCGACAGCGAUAGCGAGGAGAAAUGUCUGGAUCCAAACUAAACUAAAC